UUCACUAUCCUUUCUCUCUUUUGUCCUUUCAUUUUCCCUACUUUUUUCUUUCCUCUAAAACAAAAGCAUCAAAUUCUUCUCUCCGAUAAUUCUUUUAUCGUUUUCCGGCUAAAUAAUUUUGCCGGAAAACUCUAUUUUGAAGUGCUGAGUUCAAAAUCAAGGAUUGCUAUUACUUGUUAGCGAAUUGAAGCAAUAGAAGGAAAGAUGAUGCAACACAAAAGAAGUCCAAUUUCCCUAGAGCAUAGCACCAGCCUCACAUCUCUUACACCAAAACGACUAAAGGCCGAUAUGCCCAUUUCCUCCAAGGAGAAGAAGGAGAAGUUUGGUGAACGAAUAGUAGCUCUCCAACAGCUGGUCUCACCAUAUGGAAAGACAGAUACGGCUUCUGUUCUCCUUGAAGCAAUGGGAUACAUAAAAUUCCUCCAUGAACAAGUGAAGGUGUUGAGUGCACCAUACCUCGGAAGUAUUCCAAUGUCGAAGACACAGGAAUCACAACCUUACAAUUUGAGAAACCAAGGCUUAUGUCUUGUACCAGUCUCAUAUACUGUUGGAGUGGCAAGCAGCAAUGGUGCUGAUAUUUGGGCUCCCAUUAAGACCUCACAAAAGUUCUAGAGAAUGACGUGUGAUUCAACCAUCUCGUACAUCCAUAGUAAGGUCUUGGAUUGACAAUAACACAACCAGCGUUUCAAAAAAAAGCAGCCGAAAGGAUGCAUUUUCAACAUGGAAAUGCAGGUAUGUGAUGAUUCUCCUGGCAGGGUCCACUUGAUUUUUUGUGGUUCAAACGUCUUAAGGCGAAUCUAGAGCUUGUUGUUCUGAUAAAUACUAGUAGUCAGAUCUAAUUUGAGGGCUAAUAUAAGGAUAGCCUGAGCUGUCUCCAAUAUUAACAGAAAUGUAUAUUGAAGAAAGAAAAGUUAUGUAGUGUUCUUAGCUGCAAAUGUAUCAAGGAUGGACUUGUUUUAUAUGAGAAGCAAUGGAAGCUCAUGAAUAAUUUAGUCA